AAAAACCUAUUAUUUGUGCACCCACGGUCUUGCAUACAUAAAUUCAAGAAUCUGACAUUCUUCACCUUAUAUUCUGAAAAAAGCCCGAGAAAACAAGUCAGUUUAGUUAGUCACGCUGCGUUUGGUUUCUCACACAGCCAUUAUUAUACCUUUUAAUUUUUUGUUUUUUGCUUUGCUACUUGUCGAGCCCUCCCUCCCCUUCCCCUGAUCCCCCCUUUUUGUUUGGCUAUCUUUUUAGAAUUGCCGAGUCACCAAAAAAAUAUUUUUUGCUUCCUUGCCGUGUAGGCUCGCCCCUCUGCCACUUUGUCACUAUCGCAAAGCCACACUCUCUCGCACAGAGCAAGCAAAAUAAAAGUUCUGAUAUGGAAGCCAACAGCAGCGUCGCUGCAUUGAGGCUUCAAGGUAUCUUGACUCAUCUCUCUCCUCCCUCUUCCACAAUACCACCACCACCACUGCCAUUAUCAUUAUCUACACUAAGCAGCCAACAGAUUAACAUCAAUAUGUCCUCCUACUUUGCAAACGUUCCGCAGGCGCCAGCCGACGGGAUCCUCAAGCUCUCUGUGCUCUCGCGUGCCGACACCAAUAGCACCAAGGUUGACCUGGGCGUCGGCGCCUACCGCGACGACAGCGGCAAACCCUGGGUGCUACCGGUGGUGCGCAAGGCCGAGCAGCAGCUGGCGGCGGAUCCGCAGGCUAACCACGAGUACCUGGGUGUCGGCGGCCUGCCUGCGCUGACGCAGGGCGCGCAGAAGCUGAUCUUUGGCGCGGACAGCGAGGCCAUCAAGCAGCAGAGAGUAUACUCGAUCCAGACUAUUUCGGGAACUGGCGCCAAUAUGGUUGCCGCUGUUUUCCUCAAGCAGUUCAAGCAACCUGCAGACGCCGCCGUGUAUAUCUCCAAGCCAACUUGGGGCAACCACCGCAGUAUCUUCGAGACGGCCGGGCACGUUGUGCGCGAGUACCGUUACUGCAACUACACGACGCUCGGGCUGGACAUCCAGGGCAUGCUGGACGACCUUCGGGCGGCUCCCCGAGGCCAGAUCAUCCUCCUCCAUGCGUGCGCGCACAACCCCACGGGCAUCGACCCCACAACCGAGCAAUGGCAGCAGAUUGCCGACGUCAUGCAGGAGCGCAGCCACUUCCCACUCUUCGACUGCGCCUACCAGGGAUUUGCCACUGGAGACGUCACCCGCGACGCCUACGCCAUCCGACUCUUCGUCUCGCGCGGCUUCGAGCUCCUUGUCGCACAGUCAUUUGCCAAGAACAUGGGCCUCUACGGCGAGCGCACCGGCUGCCUGCACGCCGUGACGGCAUUGCCCGAAGUGCUGCCGCAGGUCAGCUCGCAGCUCAACCGUUUGUCGCGCGCCACCAUAUCGACUGCACCCGCGUAUGGCGCUAAGAUUGCCGGCACCGUGCUGCAGGACGCUGAGCUGUACGAGGAGUGGCUUGGAUCGAUGGAGAUGAUGUCCAGGAGGAUCAAGAAGAUGCGCGACCUGCUGAGAGACAAGCUGGUGGCCCUGGGCACCCCUGGCUCGUGGGACCAUGUGUCGCAGCAAAUCGGCAUGUUCUCGUUCACUGGGCUGAGUAAGAAGAAAGUCGACCGGUUGCGCGAAGAGUACCACCUGUAUAUGACCGACGACGGCCGCAUCUCGGUCGCUGGGCUUAACUCGGGCAACAUUGACUACGUGGCCAAGGCCAUUGACGUGGUGGUGCGGUCCGAUUAAAUUGACGUGAUUUUUGAUUUUUUUGAUUUUUUGAUUGCAGAUUAAAUACACAAAUUGCAUAGAAUGUUCUGUGUGGAAAAGGUGGAUUGUUUUGUUUGAAUUGACAAAAAAG